CUCAACACGAAGACGCUCGAGCCUCCGCUUCGUCGUGAAAGAGCUGUAUGGAGAAAUUUUUUUGGUUCCUACUGGUUUGAGCUGGGAGUGCCUUGUUUGUGAGGCUGGAUUCUGUAGAAGUUUACUCUUUGUUAGGAUUAAAUUAAUAAGCCAACAGUACAAAGUCAAAUACGACUGCCUUCAACCUGUCAAUCACAUUAAAUGACCACGUCUAGGGACAACAGGACAAAGGACUGUAAUAUAAGGAAGUUGAGAUCAAAAAACGCCUAGUUACACAUCAGUACCGCCUUAACGGGACCGCUAGAUUCACAUCUGUACUCGCAGCCUGAAGACCAACAGCAAACCGAUCCUCGAGCAUUAGAGAAGGAGCUCAAGUGAAGCUGGACUACAAUAUCGAUCCAAAGAUGUUUUUCCCAACGCAAGAUUCCAUGUUGCUUUACCAACAGUCACCGUACAUGUCACAAGUACCUCUCGGACCGAGGAGCACACCAACCAGACCUUCAUUUCUGAUAGAUGAUCUACUUGUGCCGAGUAGGGAAUCUGCCUACGGUAUUAUACCAAGACAGUCUCGAUCUUGUACUGAACAACACGGGCUACCCACAUCUUCAAGCAGUCACUUCAGACCGUAUGGAAUACCAUCUCUCUUAUCUCAAAGGCAACGAGAGGAAUCUGUCUACCAAGACCCAAGUCCCGAAGUACUGAGCUCUCUGCCAGUUUACUUCAGGUUAAAGCCAACCAUUCGCACACCAAGUGGCCGACGUUGCCGCAAAUCAAGAACAGUCUUCACCGACCUUCAACUGAGAGUUCUCGAGAAAACGUUUUCCGAACAGAAGUAUCUGGACACCUCGAGUCGAGCAAAGCUGGCACAGACUCUAGGCCUGAAUGAGACCCAAGUGAAGACAUGGUUUCAAAACCGUCGAAUGAAAUGGAAAAAGGAGACGAACAGAAAAAAGGGAGAGGAAGAAGAAGCUGAAGGAAAGAAUGACAAAGACACCAGUAGAGAAGACGACGGACUGAAAAAGUCGUUAAAUGAAGAUCAAUCGACGGAAGACAAACUAGAAGACGACGAAGACGAAGAACAGUCUAUCGCCGAAGACCUACAAUAGAGAUAUAAAGAGAGAACAUUUUCAGUGGAAAUUUAGAGAUAUUUUUCUAAAAGACCAGCUUAUUAUCUCUUUUCUUCGCUUUAAGAAAAACCACACGCGUCGCGUUUUCCCGCCAAAUUCUGCUUCAGGACAGUAAUGGCGUUCAUGUACAGUUAAUCGAGGGGUGAUAUUUCCCCCGAAAAAGUGUCACCGUAAAAUGGAGUGAAAAGAACUGUAGAACAAAAAAGUUUGAAAGGUUUUAAUCGGCCAGUUUUGAAUAUAGUGGGAGUUUUAUAAACCUGGCCCACAUUGUACAUGAUUAUAGAUUGAAUGUCUUAGACACGAUUGUACUAGGUAUUCUGUAAAAAGUAAUCUAAGCUACCAGAAAA